AUGCCACCUAGAAAGAAGAACACGGCAAAGAAGUCCUGUGGCGGUUCUGCCAAGAAACUUUUGGCACCUGUCGGCUCUCCUCCGGUGCCCGCUGCGUCACACGCCGAAUCGUCCACGUCAUCCUUGGAGCCGGAAGACACUAGGACAACUGAAGAUCACAGUAUAGUGACGUUAUACUUUUUGAAUGCAACUGCGUGCCCCCGCGUCAUGUGCAGCAAAUGCAUUGAGGUGCCCAAGGCCCAUAUCGAUGACGUCCGACAUACUGGACGUAAUAUUUUUAUGUCUUUCUUGUCACUCGUUGCGGACGAUCAAGGAGCCCACGCCAUAUUUUUUUUGCCAGAGCAAGGAGGAACGCCUGUACUCCCAGGCUUCCUGCAGCUCAAGGGCAAGUACGAGCUGGCGUCUAGCUCCAUCUUGGCAGCCACACCCCUUGCCGUCGUCCAUUUUAUCCUUGGUGGCAAGGACAGAAUCCCGACACCUGUUCCACUCCUCUCCCAUUACCUCGACAAGUUCUACCCCAGCGGCGGGUUUCUGUACAUCGAGAUCUUGUUCGACGUUGCUUCAUAUCAGCAGAUCGACAACUACACCCACGACCAGGUUCGAACGGUUUCUGAGCUCACCAGUCACCUUGGUUCCACCGGUCGCGUCUUUGCGUUUCUCUCCAACCAUUCGGAAGAAGACAGUGGGUGGCUCUUUGCAGGGAAGGAGGGUCAAGGUGAGGGAGAGUAUGUUGCGAUGGAAGUUCAGCAUGUUCUCUCUACAGUGUUAAAGCCCUAUGCUAGGAUCCUCAAGUCCUCCCACAUCGUCUUCCUGGUCUGCGGCUCUGUGGUGGCGCACGAGACACCCUACACUCAGCUCAAGGAGGCCGUUCUUCAAUUCGACUUCGUGGGCGCAAUCAUCUUUCCCGCACCUCGCUUUCAACCUCUUGUCGCCACGAAUUUUUUGGUCGCCAUGAUGGAACUUGUCGCGAUUGAGCAACUCAGCAUCCGCAGCGUGUUUCCCACUCUCCUUAGUUGCUGCAAACUGGAACUGACUACAUUUGCGCGCGCUCACACUCAGACUUCACCUUGGGGCCUGGAUAUUCCUGCACAGUGCCCCCAAUGCGGCUCUACCAAGAGCUGGGCCGAGAGGGUCGCUGUGACGGUUGCUGAUAAGAGUCGCGACGAGGACGCCCCAGACCGUGUCUCUGUUUGCCGGUACAUCUACACAUGCAAGUACACCAACUGUGGUAGCAUGCAAAAGUUGCCUCCCUACAAGUUGUCCGUCACCAAGCCUCCUGGGUCAAUUGUCAACAGCGCAAAGACCAAGAACUGCGCUUGGUUCCAGUCGCCUUCUACUCAUUUUGUACUUCAGUCUUCAGCUGUGUCUACCCAAGGCAAGCGCAUGAAUGAGGGGGUGCCUACUGGGACUGCCAAGAAGGCGCGCAGGUUACGCGACGCAUACCCACCCUUGCCGAAAGCUCCUGACUUAUACAACGUGUCAUCAAUGGCUGAAUGGUAUGCUUCUUGGGAGGGAGUACUGACUCUCCACAAAGAUCAGUUUGUAAAUGGAAAGAAUUCCCGUCACAAUUUGCUGAGACAGAUCCGCAAUGAAAUUGUCGCAAUUCAUCACACAAGAGAGGAUCCCGAGGAUUUACCAAAGGGAUUGAAAAAGGCUAUCCAGAGGUACUACCUCCAGUUCUUAACGGACGCUGAUGAUCGGCGUGAUGAGCAACAGAUCUUGGGAGAUGACUCAGAGCUGGAGGAAGAACUUGGCAUGUCCCCUGAGGACAGAGAGUUGGCGGCUCGUCCUAAGGACGCAGGGUUCUACAAGAAGGAGCUUAACGCUUGGGACGUCGCACAGAAACUCUUUAAGCAGGAGAUGGACGACUACGAUAAGGAGCAGCAACAGAAGAAAGGCGUACAACAUUCUAUUAAGUAUAGGACUGGACAUGCGAGGGAAUGGUUCAACAGCAUGACCUCUGCACAUCGGAAGGAGGUUGAGGAGGCGAGGGACAAGUGGAAUAGGGAUGGCGCCCCAGCAGAAUCACAGGCGAUGUAUCGAAAGAAAAACCUCAAAAAAGUUCUCGAUGAUUUUACAGAACAGAUUCGUCGUACUAUGGGUUGCCGACUCGUGAUGUUGGUCAGUCACAAGAAAAAUGCCGAUCAGACUUUAAGUGUCAAGAUUCAUGAGUCUCAGCCUGUCAAUCAGAAGAAAUCGUUUAGCCAGAGUUCUCGAGGAAGCAAAGAAUGGAUGUCUGAAGGUUUUGAAAAAUAUGCCGAGUGGUCAAAAGCUGAAUUCUACCCCACCAAUGAUGAUGAUGACUCCUCCGAUGAAGAAACGAAUGAUGGAAAGGAUGCAAUGCCUGAAGUCAUCCUGGAUAACCACGGUUACGCAAAGCUCCCUUCUCAAGUUUUCACUGGUAGCAUGAAGCCAGUACCUUGGCUCUCAAUCACCGACUCCAUCCCCAAUGGUUUUACCGUGCAAGACCCAUCUCAUUUGAGAGUGAAGGAAAUCAACAAACUUUGGGGCCAUUGGGAAGCCCGGAAGGCUUCGAAGCAGAGACUCGUUAUUUUCGUCGGAGCUGCAAGUGCCCACAUGAACAAGUCCCUGCUCGAAAAUGCUGUUUAUGUAGGCGAGAAGAAAUCAAAAAAGAAGUACGUAGAAGUCAACGAUGAAGAAGGAGCCUCAGCUGCCCCUACACCUGUGAAACGUACAAGAUGGCUGGCCAAGGACAGCUCCGAGGACAGCUCUGAUGAUAAUCUAGCUCCAUCAGCAGGCCUCAUCGCUCGACCGUCAGUUGCUCAAGAAGGCAUAUGCACACCAGCUACUGUACCAAUGAAAGAUCGAAUGUCAUUCUUACGAUCCCUCAGCAGCAACAGAGAGUAUCUGCUUUUCAUUUCAAGUAUUGGUGGCUUGAAAAAGGAACAAAGCUCUGAGGCAACCGAAUGGCCUGCAUGGGCAACAUGGUCUUGGGAGGGAUCGCACCUUCCAAACAGUGUACACUCAGAGGUUAUCUCGUCUACGAAGAUAUCUGGCUUGGCGUCAGCCAUGAAGGUCGGCCUAGGUCUCGGGAUGCUGCUAAGAGAAUGUAAGCAAGUCAUCGAGUAUGAGGCGGACGACGCUACCCCCAACACCCCCUCUUACUUUGGCACCUCUAUUUUGGGUAUCAAGACCCUCGACCUCGUUAUAGAGGCAAUAAACACAGCCAGAGGUGGGGUCACCCGCAUGGUCAAGGCGAAGGAGGGACAACAUGCUGCCAUUACUGAGGCUGGUGGAGAAGAACAUGGUACCGAUACUGCCGCUCAGACUAUUUCGACCAGGGAAGAGGAAGUGGAUGACGAGAAACAAAGGGAGGAAGAUGAGAUGAGAAGGAAGGUUGAAGAGGAACUUCGCGAGACAGAGGAACAGAAGAAGAAAAUGGCGAUGCUGCAGGAGGACAUGAGAAAGCUGGAGGAGAGAAAGCGAAAGCUGGAGGAGGAGAACCAGAAGCUGUUGAAACUGGUGGAAGUGGCGAACAAAAAGGACAGUGAGGGUAAGGAGCCGGAGAAGGCUGAGGAGGAGGAGGAGGAGGAGGAGGAGGAGGAGGAGGAGGAGGAGGAGGAGGAGGAGGAGGAGGAGGAGGAGGAGGAGGAGGAGGAGGAGGAGGAGGAGGAGGAGGAGGAGGAGGAGGAGGAGGAGGAGGAGGAGGAGGAGGAGGAGGAGGAGGAGGAGGAGGAGGAGGAGGAGGAGGAGGAGGUAGUGCAGAAAGGGAAGAAAAGAGGAAAGUCUGGGGGAUCUGGAAGACCAUCCAAAAAGCCUACCACUGACAAUAUUUGUCGAUCCAGCAGAGCCAGACAGCCGUCCAAAAAGGCCAUGCGCAAGUGA